AUGGGGCAGACGUAUCGCGAGGGGCGCGCGAAGCGCACUAUGGACUACAACACGCUCGCGCACGCGCUGGGGCGGCCGAUAACGGCGGACUCGGCGGAAGGAGCGGGAUUACUAAAUGGCGAGACGGCAGAUUACGAGUCUAGCUCGGUGCUCGCUGCGGACUGCCGCUUCUCCGCGUUUCACGGCAAGGCGCUUCCCCUUCCCCGCACUCACAGAGAGAUGGAGGAGAAGGGGGGGCGGGCAGGUGCUGCAGGUCCCCUCCCCCCCUCUGCUGCUCCCGCAGCAGGGGGAGGUAGGAGAAAGGGGGGGGAGGGGGGCGGGGGCGGAGCUGCGCGUGCGACUGUAGGGCACGCGGGCAGGAGGAACCCCCUCUUGCCACCCCCUCACCCACCAUGGCGCAACAGGGCACCGGGGCCGCGGUUAGGGGCGGCAGGUCGCGAGGGGCCAUGGCUAGGGGACGGGGCCGGGCGCUGGGCAGGUACGGGGCCGGGUGCUGGGCUAGGGACGGGGCCGGGUGCUGGGCAGGUACGGGGCCGGGCGUUGGGCAGGUACGGGGCCGGGCACUGGGCAGGAACGGGGCCGGGCGCCGGGCAGGUGCGGGGCCGGGCGCUGGGCAGGUACGGGGCCGGGCGCUGGGUAGGUACGGGGCCGGGCGCUGGGCAGGUUCGGGGCCGGGCUCUGGGCAGGUACGGGGCCGGGCGCUGGGCAGGUACGGGGCUGGGCACUGGGCAGGAACGGGGGCCGGGCGCUGGGCAGGUACUUGGCCGGGCACUGGGCAGGAACGGGGGCCGGGCGCUGGGCAGGUACGGGGCCGGUCACUGGGCAGGAACGGGGGCCGGGCGCUGGGCAGGUACUUGGCCGGGCACUGGGCAGGAACGCGGGCCGGGCGCUGGGCAGGUACGGGGCCGGGCACUGGGCAGGAACGGGGGCCGGGCACUGGGCAGGUACUUGGCCGGGCACUGGGCAGGAACGGGGGCCGGGCGCUGGGCAGGUACGGGGCCGGGCGCUGGGCAGGUACGGGGCCGCGCGCUGGGCAGGUACGGGGCCGGGGCGCGGGCUAAGUACGGGGCCGGGCGCGGGCGUUAUACGGGCCGGGCGCGGGCUAGGUACGGGGCCGGGCGCUGGCUAGGGUCGGGGCCGUGCGCUGGGCUAGGUACGGGCCGGGCGCGGGGCUAG